AAGACCUCAUUAAUUUAAUGAACUGUUUGCAGAGGAGACGCGUUCGAAUUCCAUAGCUCGGGGAUCACAGGAAUAAAGUUUGAGAAGAUGGUGGUAAAGUUGUUUGCUGCAAGAUUGUCUGUGAUAGUCUUUACCGUUCUAGUAUGCAGUCACGUCGUGCAUUCGCAAAAAGCACACGACAAGUACUCCAAACACGCCAAUGUAUUGCCGGAUUCCGAAAUAUACGAGCCGGAUUUCCGAAACAUUCAGCGACCAUUCCGCAUGGCGAAACUAAACCUUGUCUGGACGAAGGCACAGCAUCGACUCACCGAACCGAAACUUAAAUCACUUUACACUGAACUGAAGCUGCACGAUAAGGAAGAAAUUACAUACAAGCAGCUGAAGGAGAAAGAUAAGGAUGGGCUGAAGGAAGCUGAGCUGCGCAACAAGUUGGUUAGGAUCAUGAGCACCUACGGUUUAUUGGAACAUUUCGACGAUACGCAGGACCCGGAAAAGUACAAAAUGUAUAAAUCCAACGAUGGCACAGGCAAGAAAGAUACGUACAAAAAUAAGAGCCUGUUCAAGGACAAGAAGUUAAACAAACUGUGGGACAAGGCGGAAGCGGCCGGUUUCACGACGGAAGAGCUUGACGCGCUGCGUGAAGAAUUCGAUCAUCACCAGACUAAGAUCGACGUGUAUUACAGUCUGUUGGAGCGACUCGGUGAUGAAGACGACGACCAGGGAGGAAAUGCCGAUGCGCACCUUGCAAACGCGAUCAACGAGGACGAACACGAUCGAUACAAUGAGGUGGAUCGGGCGGAAGAAAGAGAUCGAUCGAGACAGCAAGGUGCUAACAAACAACACGCAUAUCUGCAUAAAUCGAACCAGUUGCGUGAAAAGCAUCGCGAAAUACGGGACAAUUUUGAUCGGUUAGAUCGGAUCGCUUCCAAGGGACCGAACAGCCAGGACUUUGUCGAACCGAAGGUGCAGGGUUUAUGGCGGGUGGCACUCUCGAGUGACUUUAGCGCUGACGAGCUAGCCUCACUGAAGGUGGAACUGUUACAUUACGAAAGCCGGCUGCUAAAGUUGCGCCACAUGCAUGCAGAGCAUGCUCUUAGCCUGGAAAAGCAUAAGCAGAGCGAUGCCAAAGCGGACACGCACAAGCAGAUGGAAGACAACAUUAAGAAGCAAACGCGUAAAGUGGAGAAAAUUCAAGAAGAGGUCGAAAGAAGAAUAUUCAAACACUCGGAAUUGUGAGGACGCACAGCGGCAGCACCACAUCAUGACCUCUCAAUCAAACACGGGGGGUAUGUGUCCAUUCAAACGCCCUUUUUAAUAGGCAAUUGAUAAUACACCGAGACAGGCGCGUUUUGUUAGUGCCAAGCCGGUUUAUGAUAAAUCAAUCUCUUACAUUUAAAUUGAAAUAUGAGUGCUUUUUAAUUUUGAGAAGCAUACAGUUUGUAAGAAAAUGAAAGAUGUAAUGAACAUGUACACUGAGCCGAAAAUUCUUUUUCCUCGCGUCUCCUUGAAAUUAUGUAAAAAUUGUUAAAUC